CUAGCCCGAGCUCUAUGGUCGUACUGAGGAGAGACCGAGCGCUGAGUGCUCAGGCCGCUCGUCGCUGGAGGACCCGAGCUUCCUCCGGGGGUGAGAGGGGAUAAAAUGGCCGCUGUGAGGCCGCCCGGGCCUGUCUAUCAACGCCGUGUCCCUAUUCUUCUUCGGACGGGAAGGUGAAAGCGGCCCGGAGGGGGUAACACGGAGGACCAUGGGCUCUCAGACGCUGCAAAUCCUUCGGCAGGGAGUGUGGGCUUCCAUCACCGGGGGCUGGUACUACGACCCCCACCAGAGCACCUUUGUCAACACCCUGCACCUCUACAUAUGGCUCUUCCUGCUCUGCUUCCCCUUCACCCUCUACAUGGCACUUCCCACCUCUCUGGUGAUAGUAGCUGUGUACUGCCCAGUGGUAGCAGCCGUUUUCAUUGUUUUAAAGCUGGUGAACUACCGAUUACAUAGGGCUCUGGAUGAAGGAGAAAUUGUGGAGAGGAGUGCCAGUGAGUUAACUGAGAGGGUGGCAAAAGCAGAACGCAGCGACAGCUCAGCCAGACGAGAGGAAAGCAAUGGACCAGGUGACCCUGGUGGAGGGAUUGAGAUGGCAGAGUUUGUAAGAGAAGCCACUCCUCCUGUUGGAUGCAGUUCACGCAAUUCCUAUUCUGGUUUGGACCCAAGUAAUCAGGUUGGAAUGUCUAGAUAUGGAGCUGCAUCAACGAGUAGAGGGGAUACUGAUGCUGCAAAGACCUCAGAUGAUAUCAGUCUGAGCCUUGGCCAGAGCUAUAGUUUGUGCAAAGAAGGAAGUGAAGACCAAGAGUUAACUGUGGAUCAGAAGCUUUUCCGUCUGGUCUCCAAUGAUUCCUUUGUCUCCAUUCAGCCUUCGAUAUCCUCUGGAGGCAAAGACUUAAAUAGGGACUUCAGUGACAAAGGCUCCAUUGCAACACACAGCCACCAUCAUCAUGUUGAUCUGUCAUUGUCUAAUGCCUGUGACACAGAACUGGCUUCACUUGUUCCAUUGCAUUCGCAUUCAUACAGAAAAGACCCUAGACCAAGAGGUGUCCCGAGGACUUCAAGUUCUGCUGUUGCUUUUCCAGACACUUCCCUCACUGACUUUCCACUCUAUCAACAAAGGCGCGGGCUGGAUCCUGUUAGUGAACUUGAAGCUUCCAAACCACAUUCUGGGUCCAAAGAUUCUCUCGUAGAUAAUGCUUGUGCUUCAGGGAUUUUUCAAUUAGACUGUCUCAAAAGCAAAGGUUCCCAGCAGCUUUCAAGGACCAGUAGCAUAAAACAUAUGAAGUCUGACAAAAGCAUGGAUAGCCUAAGGAGCCUUAGCACAAGAAGCAGUGGAUCCACCGAAAGCUACUGUAGUGGGACAGACCGGGACACAAAUAGUACCGUUAGCAGCUACAAAAGUGAGCAGACAAGUUCAACUCAUGUGGAGAGCCUUUUAUCUGAACAUGAGGAGGCAACUGCUUUAAAGAGAGGCCUUUGUAGUGACCCAGAGGAGGAGCAUAGUUCAGCUACUGAUAAAAGGACUAGUAGUGUGAGGACUGCUGUAGAAAGAAAUUCAGCUCAGGAAGCCAAGGAUGCCAACACAUCUGACGAUGUGCAGAGUCCAAGGGGUCUUAGCUCGUCGGCAUCUGAAGAAGCAAACAAGAACCCCCAUGCAAAUGAACUUACUGCGCAAGCUGACUGGAUGCCUGGAAAGCUCCCAGUUACUCACGAUGACCCAGCUGAGAAACCAGUGAUUUUAGUCGAUUUAAGAUCCUUUAAGGAAACGGGUAUUAAGCAUCGUGAUAACGAUGUACGACCCAAAUCAUCCAGUUUAAUACACAGGACGUCGUCCUCUCAUAAAUCAUGUAGGAGGCGGACAGGUAAAAAACGGGCCAGCAGCUUUGAUGCCAGUAGACACAAAGAAUAUGUCUCCUUUCAAGGCAUAGCUGAUACCAAACCUCACAACACUGGUUUUUGUCAUGAUGAGGAUUCUAGUGACCAAAGCGACUUGAGCAGGACCUCAAGUGUGCAGUCAGCUCACCGUUUCAGCAGUGAUAGCUCUUCCAGCACUACUUCCCAUUCAUGCCAGUCCCCGGAGGCCAGAUACUCUGCUCUGAGGACAAAAUAUCACAUCAAAGACAAAGGGGCGGAAUCUCGUAGAACCCACUUCACUUGUGAAGGAACUAGCAAAAAACGCUCCAACCGCAGGACUACCAGCACAAGUGGUACCAAAAGCCGUGCCAGGGUAUUAAGCCUGGACAGUGGCACUGUAGUUAGCUUGGGUGACCCCAACAGACUGGCAGCCCCUGAAGGUAUCAAACCUUUAACCACUUCAAAGUCAGAUCUAGAGGCCAAAGAGGGGGAAGUUCUAGAUCAGCUGUCUUUGCUAGGACGGGCAUCACAAUUAGAAUCUGUAACUCGUUCAAGAAAUAGUUUGCCCAGCCAGGUUACGUUUCAAGAUGUAGAAGAGAGAGACUCUGCUGUUGGAGCAGCACACACCAGCGAGGAGACAGUAACAUUUCGUCGUGAGCGCAGCACAUUUAGGCGCCAGGCUGUACGGCGCAGGCACAAUGCAGGGAGUAACCCCACUCCUCCCGCUUCACUCAUCGGAUCACCCCUCAGCCUUCAAGAUGGUCAUCAAGGCCAGCAGUCAUCAACCCUGGUCAAAGUCCAGUCCCAUCCCCCUUCCCAGGCUGCUGUGCUCAGCGCUAGCGCCUCCUUGCUGGUGAGAAAUGGGAGUGUCCACUUAGAGGCUUCACAUGACAAUGCAUCUGCCGUAGGCAAUGGCAGUUUGCACGAUGAACUUGGUAUGCAGGCCUUAUGUAACCUUGGUGACAUGGAAGUUUUAAUGCAACACAUUUUGGGUAAAUUUACCCCAUCUCUGUAUGAAACUGGUGGCUGUGACAUGUCAUUAGUGAACUUUGAACCCGCUGCAAGGAGAACAUCUAAUAACCUCUGUGACACGGAUUCCCAUGUUUCAAGCUCUACCUCAGUUAGAUUCUACCCACAUGAUCUGCUCUCUCUCCCUCAGAUUCGAUUAAACAGGCUGCUGACCAUAGAUACAGACUUGUUAGAGCAGCAGGAUAUUGACCUAAGCCCUGACUUGCAAGAUCAGAUGCAGCCACAGGAGCAGGCAGCCCACAAAGUGAAACACUACUACCGCCUCUGGAUACUGCCCAAGUUGUGGGUUGGUAUCAACUUUGACAGGCUUACACUCCUGGCCUUGUUUGACAGGAACAGGGAGAUCCUAGAAAAUGUGCUGGCUAUCACUCUUGCCAUUCUGGUUGCCUUUCUGGGCUCUGUUCUUCUCACAGGAGGCUUCUUCAAAGAUAUCUGGGUCUUCCAGUUUUGUCUUGUUAUUGCCAGCUGUCAGUACUCUCUCCUUAAGAGCGUUCAGCCUGAUUCUUCUUCCCCUAGACAUGGCCAUAACCGUAUCAUAGCCUAUAGUAGGCCUGUUUACUUCUGUGCCUGUUGUGGCCUUAUUUGGUUAUUGGAUUAUGGAAGCAAAAACCUGUCAGCCACCAAAUACAAGCUGUAUGGAAUGGCCUUUACCAAUCCUAUUCUUCUCAUAUCUGCCAGGGAUUUAAUCAUUGUGUUCACGCUAUGUUUCCCAGUCGUGUUUUUCAUCGGUCUCUUGCCUCAGGUGAACACUUUCGUCAUGUACCUGUGUGAACAAGUGGAUAUACAUGUGUUUGGUGGAAACGCUACCACCAGCCUGCUCGCAGCACUUUACAGCUUUAUUCGUAGCGUCGUGGCAGUAGCUUUACUUUAUGGACUAUGUUAUGGUGCUCUUAAGGAUCCUUGGGAUGCGCCGCAUGUUCCUGUGUUGUUUUCUAUUUUCUGUGGUGUGUUAGUUGCCGUUUCUUACCAUCUCAGCAGACAAAGCAGUGAUCCCUCUGUCCUCAUCUCACUGGUGCAAUCAAAAAUCUUUCCAAAUAAUGAGGACAAAAACCCAGAGGACCCUCUGUCAGAAGUGAAGGACCCCCUUCCAGAGAAGCUGAGGAAUUCUGUUAAUGAGAGACUGCAGUCUGAUCUGGUUGUCUGCAUAGUGAUUGCAGUUUUGUAUUUUGCUAUUCAUGUCAGCACUGUGUUUACAGCAUUACAGCCUGUUCUGAGUUACGUUCUCUAUGCAGUAGUUGGUUCAGUUGGUUUCCUAACUCACUACGUUCUACCACAAGUACGCAAGCAACUUCCCUGGCACUGCUUCUCUCAUCCGCUGCUAAAAACUAAGGAAUAUUACCAAUUUGAAGUUCGAAAUGCUGCUCACAUGAUGUGGUUCGAGAAGGCUCACGUUUGGCUGCUUUUUGUAGAGAAGAAUAUUAUUUAUCCUUUGAUAGUUCUCAAUGAACUGAGCAACGGUGCCAAGGAAAUAGGCAGUCCUAAGAAAUUGGGGGCUGAGGUUGGUGCAUUGUUGAUCACCAUUGCCGGAAUGAAGCUUCUAAGGUCUUCAUAUAGCAGCCCCACCUGCCAGUAUGCCACAUUCAUCUUCACUGUACUCUUCUUUACUUUUGAUUACAAGGACUGCUCAGAGAAACUUCUGCUGGACCUAUUCUUUAUGUCAAUACUUUUCAGCAAGCUUUGGGAGCUUUUCUACAAAUUACGUUUUGUCUACACAUACAUUGCUCCUUGGCAGAUUACAUGGGGAUCAGCAUUCCAUGCCUUUGCCCAGCCUUUUGCCGUACCUCAUUCUGCAAUGCUUUUUGUUCAGGCAAUUGUAUCUGCUUUAUUUUCAACCCCUCUUAACCCUUUCCUUGGAAGUGCAAUAUUCAUCACUUCUUAUGUGCGACCUGUCAAGUUCUGGGAGAGAGACUACAACACAAAACGUGUGGAUCACUCAAAUACACGACUGGCUUCUCAGCUUGACCGGAAUCCAGGGUCAGAUGAUAACAAUCUAAAUUCAAUAUUUUAUGAGCACCUGACACGCUCUUUACAGCACAGUCUGUGUGGGGACCUGCUGCUUGGACGAUGGGGUAAUUACAACACAGGAGACUGUUUUAUCCUGGCCUCAGACUAUCUUAAUGCCCUGGUCCAUCUAAUCGAAAUUGGCAAUGGCCUUGUCACCUUUCAGCUCAGAGGCCUGGAAUUUAGAGGUACCUAUUGCCAGCAGCGGGAGGUGGAGGCCAUCACUGAGGGUGUUGAGGAAGAUGAAGGCUUUUGUUGCUGUGAGCCUGGACACAUUCCCCACAUGCUGUCUUUCAAUGCAGCUUUUGGGCAAAGAUGGCUUGCAUGGGAAGUUUUGGUGACAAAAUAUGUCCUAGAAGGCUAUAGCAUCACUGACAACAGUGCAGCCUCAAUGCUUCAAGUGUUUGACCUUCGCAGAAUUCUCACCACAUAUUAUGUUAAGGGCAUUAUCUAUUAUGUAACGGCUUCAUCAAAACUGGAAGAGUGGUUAGCUAAUGAAACAAUGCAAGAAGGUCUAAGGCCGUGUUCUGAUCACGGUUAUGUGGAUGUAGACCCCACUUUUAAUCCAAAUAUUGAUGAAGAUUAUGACCUGCGAUUGUCUGGCAUUUCUCGGGAGAGCUUCUGUGCAAGUUACCUAAACUGGAUCAAGUACUGUUCUUCCCGGAGAGAAAAGCCUAUUGAUGCAGAGAAAGAUUCUGCCUUGGUUACUCUGUGCUAUGGCCUUUGUAUAUUGGGAAGAAGAGCCCUGGGAACAGCCUCUCACCACAUGUCUAGCAAUUUGGAGUCAUUCCUGUAUGGUCUACAUGCCUUGUUCAAGGGAGAUUUCCGUAUUUCCUCCAUCCGUGAUGAAUGGAUUUUUGCAGACAUGGAAUUACUCAGAAAGGUAGUAGUCCCAGGAAUCCGGAUGUCACUAAAACUUCACCAGGACCACUUCACCUCUCCAGAUGAGUAUGAUGACCCUGCAGUGUUGUAUGAAGCCAUCAUGAAUCAUGAACAGAAUUUAGUGAUUGCUCAUGAAGGCGACCCAGCAUGGAGAAGUGCGGUUCUCUCAAAUUCUCCCUCGCUGCUGGCCUUGCGGCAUGUCAUGGAUGAUGGAACCAAUGAAUAUAAGAUCAUCAUGUUGAACAAGCGAUAUCUCAGCUUUCGGGUCAUUAAGGUAAACAAGGAGUGUGUUCGAGGUUUAUGGGCUGGACAGCAGCAAGAACUUGUUUUCCUUCGGAACCGCAACCCAGAAAGAGGAAGUAUUCAGAAUGCUAAACAGGCUCUCAGGAACAUGAUCAACUCAUCUUGUGACCAGCCUAUUGGAUAUCCCAUUUAUGUAUCCCCAUUGACCACUUCCUACUCUGACAGCCAUGACCAGCUCAAGGACAUUCUUGGAGGGCCAAUUAGUGUGGCUAAUAUCAGGAACUUUAUUGUGUCUACAUGGCACAGGUUACGGAAAGGUUGUGGGGCAGGGUGCAAUAGCGGUGGAAAUAUUGAAGACUCUGAUGCUGGAGGCGGGACCUCCGUAAACAGUAACAAUCCUUCAAAUGCAAAUGAUACUCAAAGUAGUUUAUCACAGGGGGGCAUUCCAGGAGGUACAGGACCUGUACAGACAUCACGCCUUCAACCUCCAGGAGUCCCCCAUCCAUCAACACUAGGAACCAGCCACAGUUCCCACUCCAUGCAGUCAAGCCUUGUCAGACAUUCCCCUGCUCGUGGCUCCGUAGCUAGUCAAUCAUCUUAUUGCUACAACAGCCGCCAUUCGUCACUUCGGACAUCCAACACAGGAUUUGUGCCUUGUAGGCGCUCCUCUACCAGUCAGAUUUCUCUUCGCAAUCUCCCCACAUCCAUCCAGUCCCGCCUCUCCAUGGUAAAUCAAGUAGACCCCACAAGCCAAUCAGUUGUGGUAGGUCUUCCUUCCUCCAGCAGCUCCAGUCAGAGUAUCCCAGCAUGCAAGCGACACACAUUAGUAGGAUUUUUGGGAACGGAAGGAGGAAUUAACCUCACCGAAACACAAUCUUGUGGAAAUUCAAGUCCAGCAACACAUUCAAGAGCCAAAAAAGAAGACGUUGUAUAUAGAGUGCAGAUUGUGGAUCCAAGCCAGGUGCUUGAAGGCGUCAAUAUGUCCAAAAGGAAAGAACUGCAGUGGCCUGACGAGUUGGUGCGACUAAAAGCUGGAAAAAAUAGCUGGAAGGACUGGAGCCCUCAGGAAGGCAUGGAAGGCCAUGUAAUUCACCGCUGGGUGCCUUGCAGCAGAGACCCUUGUAAUAGGUCCCAUAUUGACAAAACAAUCCUACUGAUUAAGAUUGAGGACAAAUAUGUGGCUGUGAUUGAGACUGGGGUGCUUGAGCUUGGGGCCGAAGUGUAAGCCUGCCUUUCAGUCAUCUUUUCAAGCUUACAGAAAGGAGAGAAAAACUUUAAUCUGUUGGGACUUUUAAGGGCUCCGAUGUAGCCCAGAUAUGUACAUUUAUUUUGUUCACCUACAUAAAAAUGUAAAACCAGAAAGUUAUAAGACCAUUAUCUUAAAUGUAAAAACAAAAUAAUGCUAUGCAUUUCAUAUGCUUUAAGUCAGAAAAAUAUUGUAUUUCUCCAUUCAGAAUAUGAUCUUCAUAUUUUUCUAAUUUAUUUGCCAAAAAAAUAAUUGCCAUGUCUCAUGUUGUAGCAUGUUUUUUUUGUUUUUGUUUGUUUUUUUAUAUCCUUUUACGGUCAUUUUUCUCCCAACUGCAUAGAGAUCCGUUUAUCUGCAAACUGUAAAAUGUUUUGUACACCGGAGAAGACUACAUCUUAUUUUCCUUUUUGUUUUUACUGUGGCAAAGUCCUUUUUAUUGAGGAAACUGCACUAAAGCAUUCUUUUUCCUACAACAAUGCACUAAGAAAAAACUGAUAUUGGUCAGAGUGUUUUUAUUUAUAAAUAUAUAUAUAUAUAGAUAUAAAUAUACAAAGACAAGUAUGGUAAAUUAAAGUGAUUUUAUGAA